AUGGCUACCCUGGGUGCUCCGGGCCCUAUGGUCGAUCACCACCAUUCCUUACAGUCGAUGGUGACGACGCUCUGGCGCCAGGUCAACUACCAUCGUCCACGGACUCGCAUAGCGAAAGCUCUCUCCGUUACGGUCGCAAUCUGUUUGUUUCUUAUACUUUUCUCCUCGCGGUCUUCAGGUCCGACUGUCAAUUACUAUACCAAGUUCCCAUCUCAUUAUCCGACCAAGGAACGCUCCGAAGACGCCUUGAUCCUUUCCGAUGAAGCGAUAGCCCUCAACAAUGGCACUCUCCCCAGCAGUAUACAGAAGACAACUUCAUCCUUUCACCUCGUCCUCCCCGCGAGGCGCACAAGCCCCGCACUCUGCCGGACGGUGACCUCUGCGAUGAUUAUGGAUUUCCCGCCACCGACAUUGAUCAACUAUGGCAAAAAGCCCGGCCGGGAUUCCACGGAUUAUGAUGACAUGGCCGAGAUGGUGACGGGUGUUUACGAGUAUCUCAAGAAUACCCCACAUAUAAAGGACGAGGAUCUCGCUCUUGUCGCUGAUGGACUCGACUUCUUCUUUCAGCUGCCCGCUGAAGUGUUGGUAAAACGGUUCCAGAACCUUUUGCGAGAAAACAACUUGAAGUUGCAGAAGAAGUAUGGCUUUGCGACAGUGGAAAAUACGUCUGACAAAGGAGGGAAGCCGGAAAUCGUCCAAAAGUACAUGCAGCGGGUUCUGUUUGGCGCAGGAAAGGCAUGCUUCCCGAAUAUGGAAAGGGAUGUCGGCUGUGUUACAGUGCCGCAGUCGAGUCUUCCUCCGGACGUCUACGGGUGGAAAACCGACAUCCAUCCGGAUGGAGUUUUUUUAAAUCGGCCCCGGUGGCUGACUCCUGGCGCCGUUAUUGGUCAAGUUGGCGAUCUGAAGCUAAUCUAUGCUGAGAUCUUGCACUCAAUCAAGCAGCGCCGGAAUAGAAAUGGUGACCACCUCGCUUUGACGCAGAUAUUUGGUCGCCAGGAAUAUGUGCGUGAGCUAGAAAGACAGAGAACUUCCAAUCGGGCCAAAGAAUGGCUGUAUAGCCAGAUUGGCAUCUCCGAUGCUACCAAUAUUACAGACGCUUAUACUCCAUAUCUUGAAACUGGACGACGAUACGAAUUUGGAAUUGGUGUCGAUUACGAAUCUCGCAUUUUUUUCAAUUCGGAAAGCUCUCAUUGGGAUGUUGAGUGGUUCAGAUACAACAAUAUCAAUAGAACAUCAGAAAUUCAAGGGCAAUUCGGCAUCCCACGAGAAAGGCGCCUUUUGCUUCCAACAGAUCUGGAAGCCGAGAAUCUCGAAAGCCCUUUUACCCAGCGGAGACUUGCCAAGGAAGAAAUGACCAACCUUCCUUACAAUGAAACGCUUGAUGAUCUUCCAAAUUCCAAAAAGACUUCGUGGCACAACAUCCGAUUGAUGACCAAUGUCCACUCAACGACCGUGCCCGCAAUGCUGCACAUGGAAGAUGAUGAUUAUCUACGAGAUUCCUGGUGGGAGCAGAUGUGGUUCUACCCAUGGGCUCGUGCUCUUCUCCGCAAAUACAUGCGGUCACCGCGUGGCUUAGCCGUCGCCCAGUCAGCCCUGCGUGGGGGACAAGACUGGUGGGACAUGCGCGGUGGCAGAGGAGGCGUCUGGACAGAUAGAGGGGAAUGGAUUGACUAUGGUGAAAUGUGCGGUGGUUACGCACGAGACAUCUUCAAUGAUGGUUUUGGGCCCUGGGGUAAAGAAAACGGAGAAGACGACGAGGAACCCGUCUACAACCAAUUCGGGAACCUGGUCAAGGGCCACGAAUAA